AACAAUUUCAACUGACGUGUUGCCAAGUUUGUCAAAAUUAGAAGAAUUAUAUAUGGGUGGCACUUCUAUUCAAUGGGGACAACCCAAUGCUAGUCUUGCUGAACUGAACACACUAUCUCAUUUGUCCACUUUAGAAGUUCAAAUUCCAAACGCCGAGGCUGCCCCAGAGGAUUUCUUUCAAAAGUUGCAGAAGUUGGAAAGAUACAAGAUUUUCAUAGGAAAGGAAUGGGAGCGGUUUGGCAACUAUCAAUAUUCAAGAACCUUAAAACUCAGGCUAAACACAAGCUUUGAUGAUUUGGAUCAUGGAAUUAAGAAGUUGGUAAAGAGAACUCAAGAUUUACAAUUGGAUGAACUGAAAGGUGUGAAGAUUGCACUGAAGGAGUUAUCAGAUGAGGAAAGGCUAUCACAUUUGCAGAAUCUGCAUAUCCAAAAUGGUUUGGAUAUUGAAUCUAUCACUAAUGAUAGAAAUGAAUUUCUUGAAUUGCAGUCCUUGACAUUGCAGGGUCUUCCUCAACUCGUUAGCUUUUGCUCUCAAGACAAAAUCGAUGCUACCUCAUUGCCUCAACGUGAAUUGCCACUUUUCGGAGAAAAGAUAUCGUUCCCUUCCUUGGAGAAAUUGCAGUUAUCAUCGCUUAAUGUUACAAGGGUAUGGCAGAACCAGUUGUCAAAUGUAUCUUUUUACACUCAUGAGAAGUUAACCACAUUGAAAAUCGAGGGUUGUGGAAACAUAAUUUACCUAUUAUCAUUUUCUAUGGCUAAAUAUCUAGUUCAUCUCAAAUAUUUUGAGGUAACUAAGUGCAACUGUUUAGAGGAGAUAAUCUUUUGGGAGGAUAUAGAAGAAGAAACUCAGGUUGCCAUGACUUUAUCAUUAUUUCCUCAGUUAGAGUCCUUAGAGCUAAAGGAUCUUCAGCAUUUGCGUGGAUUUUGCUUCAAUUCUCAAAAUAAAGUUAUUGAAUUUCCAUUUAUGAAGUCAAUGACGAUAUACAACUGUUCAAACUUGGAGGGCUUCAUAUUUAGAUAUACAAGGGAAGGGAACCAACGAAUCUCUAGUCAAGGUGAUCUGUUUGACAAUAAGGUUGCAUUUCCCAAACUACAACAAUUGACUGUUGGAGGAUGUGAUAAGUUGUUAACCAUUUUUCCAUCUAAUAUGCAUGAAGAAAAAGAAACAGCUUUACUUGCAACCGCUCAACUAAGAAAAUUGCAUAUUUUUAGAUUACCAAAGUUGAAGUAUAUUUGGAAAAAUGAUCCCAAAGGAAUUUUUUCAUUUAAAAAAAUCUGUGCAAUAUCUGUUUUGGGCUGUCGAAGUUUGAAGAAUGUAUUUCCAGCCUCAGUAGCCAAAGACCUACCACAACUUGGUUUUCUUGCAAUAUCUGAUUGUGGAGUGGAGGAGAUUGUUUCCAAAUUAGAGGCAGGAUCAGAUUCGGAAACUGCUGUCAAUUUCGAAUUUGAUAACUAUACGCCCUUACACUUCCGCAUAGUGGUAAGCAUACCGCAAAGUGGCCAAUGUUAA